GUGGACACUCUAGGAACUGCAGUUGUUAGCACAGCAUCAGCUUCAUUACUCAAGAUCAGAGGCUAACACAUUAGAUGUUAGCCAAGUUAGCUUGCUUGCUGAGUUUUUGUUGCUGAUGGGUGUAGGAAAUUAUGAAGAAAAGAAAGGUUUUUUUACCACCUGAUAUGUGGUAAGUAGAAACCAAGAUGGCUGACGAAGAAGUCGAAGUUGAGGUCGAGGCAACGCCGGAGGAAGAGGAAGAAACACAGCCAGAGGAAGACAUGGAGACAGCAGCAGAAGACGAAGAAGCUGCACCUGAAGUAGAAGAGCCUCCUCCUGCAGAAGAGCCUGCAGAAGAAGAAGAAGAGUCUCCUGUUGCAGAUGAAGAUUUGACAGAUAUGACAGACGACUCAAAACCCAAACCAAAGUCAUUUGCUCCAGCUAUAGCUGUGCCAAAGAUACCAGAGGGGGACAAAGUAGACUUUGACGACAUCCACAGGAAGCGUCAGGAGAAAGAUCUGUCCGAGCUGCAGUCUCUGAUUGAGGCCCACUUCAUCCAAAGGAAGAAGGACGAGGCGGAGCUCAUCGCUCUCGUUAACAGGAUUGAGAAGCGCCGUGCUGAGAGGGCCGAGCAGCUGAGGGUCCGCACCGAGCUAGAGAAGGAGAGGCAGGCUCGUCUUGCUGAAGAAAAGGAGAGGAAAGAGCAGGAGGAGGCCCGCAAGAAGCAAGAUGAGGAUGCCAAGAAGAAGAAGGCUCUGACUAACAGGACUCAGCACUUUGGUGGAGUCCAACAGAGGCAAGAUGGAAAGAAGGGUGCGAAGAAGCAGACUGAGAGAGAAAAGAAAAAGAAAAUACUGGCGGAUAGGAGGAAGCCCCUCAGCAUUGAACAUCUCACUGAAGACAAGUUGAAGGAGAAGGCCGGUGAGCUGUGGCAGUGGCUGAUGACACUGGAAGCUGAGAAGUUUGACCUCUGUGAGAAACUGAAGAAACAGAAAUAUGAUAUCAAUGUACUCCAGACCCGAAUCAGUGAGCAGCAGAAGUUAUCAAUCAGCUACUGGUGCGUGUUCAGAGCCACCAGAGCGCCAAAGGAAGAGGCAAGGCCAAGGGCAGGAUGAGAUAGAUGAAGCUAUCAGCAGGAGUCCUUCAAGGAAGCGUCUGAAACCGAGCAGCUGUUGACUUGGAUGACAUUAAUGUGUGUUUAAAUAAUGAGGCAACAGC